GGUGUUACUACCGGAGACGUUCCUGCAGUUUCAACGGUGUUUAACGGUGUUUAACGAUGGAUCAGUUCUCGGUGAGUCCAGCUGCCGUCCUGCUGUCCAGAUGUGUUUCCAGAGGAGUCGUUUCUCAGGAGCAGAUAGACUCCGCCUCCUGCAGCCAGAGCUCCGCCUUCUCCUCUCACCUGCACGAAGCUGAGCAGCGAAUCAGAGCGCAGAGACAGCUGGAUGAGGUGAGGCUGCAGGUGGAGUUGCUGCAGGUGGAGAAGCAGAGCGCCGACGUCACGCACAGAUUCUACCUCACUGGGCGUCUCCAGAUGUUACAGGUGUUCUGUGGACACCUGCAGGACGUCCUGAAGGAGAACAGCAGCCUGAGACAAAGACUGAUGAGGCCGCUGGGUCGCACCAACCUUCCAGUCCAGGCUCACCUGCACAGGUGUGUAGUGGAGGUUGUGCAGAUGAUGUUUGACUUCAUUAAGACGUUGGAGGAGAAGAUGAACAUCAUCAGAAACUUUCCAACUGCCAGAAACCAACUCAGUCAGCUGAACUCGUCUCUCUCUCAGCUGAUCUCUCAGGUAGCAGAAGUCGAGACUUUGUCCAAUCAGGUUCUUCAGUGGAAGGAAGUCCGCAGCAGCCUGCUGAGUGACAGCUCAGCAUGAGGAGUCCUGCUCCUCCUCAUCAUCCUCUCCUCCUCCUGCUCCUCCUCCUCCUCUACUCCUGCUCCUCCU